CACUCCUUCCUCCUUCCCCCCAUCCUGACUCCUCUCCUCCUGCCCCUGCCCCUGCCCCUCCCCGCGCUAGUAUGGCCAUGGUCGUGAACCCUUGGCAGGAGGAGAUCCCCGGGGGCCCGCCAGGCGCCCAGCCCCCGCCGGGCCUGCCGUGCGCUCCGGAGCCGGGGGUGGCCCCUCCGCCGCCGGGCCCCCCGAAGGGCGCGGUGGCCCCGGGCCCGCCGGAGGCGGGGGAGAAGGGGGGCGCCCCGCCGAGCGUGGACUGCAUGGUGUGCGGGGACAAGUCCAGCGGGAAGCACUACGGGCAGUUCACCUGCGAGGGCUGCAAGAGUUUCUUCAAGCGCUCGGUGCGCCGCAACCUGAGCUACACCUGCCGCAGCAACCGGGAGUGCCCCAUCGACCAGCACCACCGCAACCAGUGCCAGUACUGCCGCCUCAAGAAGUGCCUCAAGGUCGGCAUGCGCCGGGAAGCCGUGCAACGGGGACGCAUGGCCCACACGCAGACCAGCCCGGGCCAGUACCUGCUGAACAACGGAGACCCGUACAAUGGCCACUCCUACCUGACCGGCUUCAUCUCCCUGCUGCUGCGGGCGGAGCCCUAUCCAACCUCCCGCUACGGGGCCCAGUGCCUGCAGUCCAACAUCAUGGGCAUCGAGAACAUCUGCGAGCUGGCCGCCCGCCUGCUCUUCAGUGCCAUCGAGUGGGCCAAGAACAUCCCCUUCUUCCCCGAUUUCCAGCUCUCCGACCAGGUGUCCCUGCUGCGCAUGACCUGGAGCGAGCUCUUCGUGCUCAAUGCUGCCCAGUGCUCCAUGCCACUGCACGUGGCCCCACUGCUGGCGGCCGCCGGCCUCCAUGCCUCGCCCAUGUCAGCCGACCGGGUGGUGGCCUUCAUGGACCACAUCCGGGUCUUCCAGGAGCAGGUGGAGAAACUUAAGGCCCUGCAUGUCGACUCGGCAGAGUACUCCUGCCUCAAGGCCAUCGCUCUGUUCACGCCAGGUGAGUUGCAGCAAGGGGCAGGGGCGGAGCUAGAGCAGGUGACUGGUGUCUUUGAAAGCCGUUGCCUUGCGCAGGCCAGAUGCAGUGGGCCUCUCGGAUCUGGGCCCCGUGGAGAGCAUCCAGGAGAAGUCGCAGUGCGCCCUGGAGGAGUACGUCCGGAAUCAGUACCCCAACCAGCCCAGUCGCUUCGGCCGGCUGCUGCUCCGCAUGCCCUCCCUGCGCAUCGUCUCCGCGCCCGUCAUCGAGCAGCUCUUCUUCGUCCGCCUGGUGGGCAAGACGCCCAUCGAGACCUUAAUCCGGGACAUGCUGCUGUCGGGAUCUAGCUUCAACUGGCCCUACAUCCCCAUGCAGUGAGGAGGGCGGCAGGAGGACCUGGGGUUUGUGGGGCAGCGGAUACGCGCCCCUGGAUUCCGUCCGGAGCAGGAAGGAUCGCCGUGACCCCUCCCUGCUUUGGAGGAAUGGGCAGGACUCACCGCCGGCACAUUGGAGGGCGGGGGUUGACGGUCCCCGGCGCUGGGGCGUGGGGCGUGAGGCCCAGUGUCUGGACUCCGGAGAACAAAGGGGAGUGGAACUGAUUCUUGAGGGGAUCGAUUCUCAAAAGGCCCUUCCUGUUCCAUUUCCAAUGGGGCAGGAAUUCCCACUUGUCCCCCCACUCCCAGCCCCGAUCUAAUCUACCAGCAUGACACAGACAUAACUACAUUUAAUCAUGCAGCUACCUGCACCUGUUUGCUUCUGUUUGACCUGUACGCACGGAAAAAUCUGUACCUUCCUCUUGUCCCGGCCUGCGAGGGGACUCUGCAAACCCGGGACAACCUGCACCCCAUCCGUGGGACUUCAAAGCACCCAACGACUUGCUGCUGCCCGGCAGCUGGGCAGCUGAGCCCACGCGAGCCUGUCUCUGGCUUUUGACUAUAUUUGGUGUCCGGCAGCUGAGAACUGAGGACUCAUUACCGGAGUGGCCUUGAUCAUGUGACAAAUUGCUCUCUCCCUUUUUGGUGGGGGCAGGAGGGUUGU